UGUUGUGCUUUAAAUAUGAGAGAAGAUAUUAGCCAUAACAGCUACAGUAUCAAGAUGAAGUCAGUGUCACUGGUUAUAGGUGCUGUGUUUUUGGCGUUGUGCCUUACCAAUGUGUUUGCCGGCGACGUGGAAGGUAAAGAUGAGAAAGAGAAUAGAAAAGUGACCGCAACUUCACAUCAGCCUAAGGGCAUCAAAUCAUUCUAUUCUGGACGUAUUGUUAAUGGGAAAAACGGCGAUAUCGCAUCGUUUCCCUACAUAGUACACCUGCGAGUGAAUAACUUUGGUGCUUGUGGUGCUAGUAUUAUAACGCUCAAGCACGCCUUUACUGCUGCUCAUUGUCUGUAUAAGAAUCAGAAUGCUACCAAGAUCACACUAUAUGGAGGCAGUACAACACAGACCAGAGGUGGGGUCGUCUUUCAGGCCAGCAAAAUCGUUAUCCAUCCAUACUACAACCCAGAAACACAUGAUUAUGAUGCGGCAAUAGUGGAAAUAAAAACUUCCUUCCAAGGAUACGACAAUAUUGCUCCGAUUGCUCUCCAAGAUGCGGAAGUUCCUAGUGAUACUACAUGCUACGUGGCAGGCUGGGGGUUGAAUAACUAUAACAGAAGAACCACUCCAGACAAUCUGCAAUAUGCCACUCUGCAAGUAAUUACACAGCAGCAAUGCUCAGCAGCAUGGGGUAGUUAUGCUACACCACAAGUUAUUUGUGCCCAGCAAAACAAUAACGGUGAUGUAUGCAAAGGCGAUAGUGGAGGACCAUUCGUUUGUAACGGCAAGCUAACGGGUGCCACCUCUUACGGUGGUAUAGGUUGCCGGGGCAGAUUGCCGUCUGCAUUUGCUAAAGUUACUGCUCCAGCCAUUCGCGAAUUUAUUCGUAACACAGCAGGAAUUUAAGUACGAAUAUAACGCAUUUACACUUUGCUAGCUACAAUAACUUCGCUGCGAUUUCUACAAUAACGUGAUUUCACACAGCUUAGCAAAACCAACGUUGCUAACAAUUCUUGGAUGAGUAGUAUACCAUUCAAAUCAGCAUUAACAAACACUUUCACAUCUGCGCAGCUGGGGUAUAUCUUCGCUCUUUUUAUUGCAAAUGUUAGUUACGGUACAAUUCAGUUUUUUGUGAAUACAUACAUGCAUACCCUUCACUGAUAAACUGCCAUGAAUCUACUACGCAACGUGCCACCAGCCAACUUGACAUAAGUAUCUGUUAAUAUGUUGCUUCAUGCUCCAAAUACUAUCCUUUAAUAAAUAUAACCGACCGGUUUAAUUGCUUACACUA